AUGGUAGAUGUUUGCCGCAAUCGCUUGAAUCAGUGCCUGGUUCCAAGGUUCACCUUGUAUAUUUGGCCUUUUGUCCUCGUCUCUUACGUUGCCUCGGGCUGGGGCUUUGCCAUUUCCUGUUGCCUUCCGGUGGAGCUCGGUGCCUUUAUCAGCUCCAUUCUGGCGUUCAUGAUGGGAGGUAUCCUGGGGCUCCCGAUGCAGAUGAGUACCUUCUUGAACGGCGGGUUCAUGGAAGUGAUGGUCGGCUGCAUCUCCUUUACGCGAUGGAGUGUGUCCAUGAGCUUCCUGGAGUACAUCACCCUGCAUCCUCCGGACACUUCAGAGCUGGGUCUUCUGGACUCGGAAAUGCUGAAGCUGUGGUGGGCUCAGCUGUCCGCCAGAUGGCAAGUAGGUGCCUGUAGUGAUAUGUAA